CAUGGAGAAGCUGCAUUCAGCUUCUAUUUACCACAGAUCUGGAAUAGACGUCCAGAAAAUCUUAGACGAGUUUGUCAACAUGCCGUACAUGUCAGGGUCUGACAGUUCCUGCCCCUUUGCCUCCCUCUCCUGUUUCUUUUUGGCUUCUUCCAUUGGUUCUGUUGCUUGCUUUCUCCCAUCUCUCCUCCACAGGUGUCCAGCAUGAGGCAGGGCAUCCUGGCACACCUGCAACUCAUCACCCCAGCAACAUUUAAGACCGGUUCCUCCAGCUUUUCCCUGCCAGUCCGUCUGCUAAGCUCAAGCCACAUCUGAGUCUGCAUCCCUGGCUUGGUACGCUUGUGCUAAUCAAAUCCUUCUGUUUUCUGUCUCUAGUAUGUGCUGACCUGGAACCAUUCAGCUAUUCCUGAUCUUGCCCCCUCCUGGACUCCCUACGCCCUUAACCUACCUGGACCUCUUCCCCCUCCUGGACUUCAAGCAACUUUUUCAUCACAAUAAACUAUUUGUCUUCUCAUCACCCAUUCAUCUCUUUCCUUCUGAACACGACAGUACACUUUUAGGUCACAGGACUGGAUGAACUACUGCAUCACCUGGUCUUCUCACACCGGCGGAGCAGACAUCUGGAUCAACGGGAUGUUGGGCGAGCAGCGCCACCUACGGAGCGGCUACACCAUCCAACCCGGAGGGGAGUUCAUUCUGGGUAAAGACCAGGACGGGGUGCUAGGAUUGUCCGACGCAGACGCCUUUGUGGGCAAGAUGACUGACGUCAACGUGUGGGACUAUGUGCUAAACAUGGAAGAAAUCCGCACCCAGAUGUCAUGUGGGAGGAACAGCAGCAUUGUGGGAAACGUGUUUAGCUGGGGAAGCACUAAACUUAGCAUGUACGGUGGGGUGCAGCUGGAUAGCCAGUACAGAUGCACCUGAAAGGCCUGGCUGUUGUUUUAUGAGCUUUAAAUGCUGCAUGGGAUUAUUACUGCUGAUAGUGGGGCUGUAGAUGUAGGUCAUGUAGAAUAAAGUGCUUCUCAGACACCAGGUUUUAUAUUUAAAUGUAUUUCACAGCUUCAUCCAUGUAUUUGCAUAUAUGAAUCAACAAUAAAGGCUUAAAAGACU